CUGUCCGUUCGAUUAGAGUAUACGUACCCGUUCUUUACCCGUUCUUGGUCCUUGGCUGUAUCCCAAAACACAUACUUUUCUACACUUCUUUACAGCAUCAGUUCAACUCAACGUGCCGUUCGUACCCACAGAGAGUCCAAUUCAAUCGUUGCUCUACACGUCUUACACAAAAAAAACCCAAUUGAGAAUCUCGGUCCCAUACUCAUCCAACUGCCGUUUCCGCUCACCCCACAUCGCAAUAGCUAGUCGACGGCCCACAGGUGCGGAAGCCAAAUGCCCAGGUCCACCAAAACCACGGCUGGAACGGGGAGACUCUCUGAACCGAGUCGAGAAUAGUGAGUUCCCAACCUAUCAGUUUAGGACUUCGCUCCUGUUCCUAGAGGAGAUAGGCACUCUUGUCUUGUCGCGGUUGCAUGCUGAUGGUUGACUGCAGUGAUACCCAGUCACUCACUGCGAGUGUAACCGAAUAUCCAAUCGAGAACGGCAGAACAUACCACAAGUACCAUGAAGGCUCAUAUGUCUUUCCCAACGAUGAGCGGGAAAUGGACCGUCUAGAUAUGCAACAUCACCUGUGCAAGAUGUUAACGGGAGAGCGCCUAUUCUUUGCUCCCAUCAUCAACCCACGCACUAUCGUCGAUAUUGGGACAGGCUCUGGGAUCUGGCCAAUCGAGCUUGGUAAGUUUGUUUUAUGUCCCAGGCCCGGACCAUGACAUAGCGUUCUCAUGACUUCCUUUCCGCAGCACAAAUAUUCCCCAACGCCCAAAUCACAGGAACCGACCUCUCGCCCUGCCAGCCAACCGAAGUCCCAGAAAAUGUUCACUUCAUCGUUGACGACUUCACUGAAGACGAGUGGCUUUGGGAUCGAAAUUCCCUCGACUACAUCCACGCAGGCCACCUCUCAGGAGCUCUCCCCUCAUACAAAGACCUAAUACGGAAAAUGUACAGCCACCUUAGACCAGGCGGCUGGGCCGAGAUCCACGAAUUCGACACAAUGGUCCGAUGUGAUGACGGCACAAUGCCGCCCCUAGAUGAGUCCUCGUUCAGCACAUACCCAUUCCAAGACUGGUGCGACCUACAAAUACAGUCCGGCCAGGUAACAGAUCCCCCCCGACAGUGGCGCGUAGCGCACCGGCUAGCCCGUGGAAUGAAGGAAAUGGGCUUCGUGGAUGUCCAAGAACGGAUUUUCAAGGCUCCUGUCAAUAGAUGGCCGACGGAUCCGCAUCUGCGUAAUAUUGGACAGUGGAUGGAGUCGAACAUAUUAGAGGGCCUGUCUGGGUGGUCCUAUAAGCCACUGCGGUUGCUGGGAUGGUCAAAGGCGGAGAUUGAGGUCUUUCUGGUCAAUGUUCGGCGCAGUGUUCAGGAUACUUCGGUUCAUGCUUAUUUUAAUUUUCAUGUAAUAGUUGGUAGGAAGCCGCAUCCUGACGAGGUCGGCUCGGUCCAAGCUCAACAACCACACGCAGAACCUCAGAGCACUCAAUUGCUCGCAUGGCACCAUUGCCCCAUGUCUCUCGGGAGAUGUGCCUACAGGCAAGGCGCUAUUCCGUCUCCGACCACCUUUACGGACUAUCUAUGGGUCAGCGACGAGCUCCUGGCCUCGACAUUCCGGCGAUUCGUGAGCGGACAGCGACGGUAUGAGAGUCGGGUCCCGGGCCCAUUGGAAGCCAGGAGGAGGCUGGCCAAGCGGAGGAAUACAGCGCUUGCUAGUCUAGCAGGCUCUGGACCUGGGGAUGAUAUUGCGAGCUUGCUGGGAAGAAAUGGACGGGAGCAUCUGAAAUGGAGUGAACCGGAGAGAGGUUUCGACAUUCAAUUCUCUUCGCCCACACCACCCGCACCCCCAUUGAGCUUGUUUGAUCACUUUUUGAGCCCAGACGCAUUUGGUGGGAAUUCGGAGGACGCUGGCGAGUUUUCCACAGAGCUCACGCGUGAGGAGUUCUUUGGAGAGAAAUUGCAGGAGUACCAGACAGUGAGUGCUAUUAAGAGUGCUAUUCGUGAGUUGAGUAUCGACCUCCGGCAAGAACCAAGCUGUAGCCGCCUCUUGUUCGAUCAUUUCUUGGCACUGUCUCAACGCAAACGUGCAGCUGCGGACGAGCUUGCACUGUUCCUGGACGAUCCGCAUUUAAACGUUCCAGGUGCAGGGAAUUAUCUUCGACUAGCUGAGCGUUCUUCGUCUACAAUGGUCCCAUUCCAAACACGGCCUGCGCAGUUUCACCUCAUUAUACGAGCCUUGGAACUUGGGGUUGUUCCUCCGGAAGAGAUCGGUGCGAUCAUAGCCCGCUGGUCAGAUUGGAGAAAAUCCUGUUCGGAUUCUCAAAAAGCCAAACGCAAGCUGUUAAAAAUAUAUCGCGCGAUGUGGGACGCCAUUGGCAAGUGUGCUGUUUAUGGACAUCGAGAUAUGGACCAGUCUCUUGUUCAGACUUGGCUUGGUGUCUGCUUAGAAGAGGGCACUGUGGGCUAUCUUCGACUAGCCACGAGUAUUUUAUUGGCUACCGAAUAUGGGAUGUCAUUAUGCAGUUCAUGGCUGCCCAAGUUCGUCGCUAGAUUACUUCGCGACUCCAACUAUUCACUCCCGGCGCCUGACAGGGACGUCAUCAUAGAAAGCUUAAAGCCCUUCGAUAUCGACAUCAUCUCGAAUUCGCUGAUUUGCGGCACUGAGGUUUUAAUCUCUUCCCAGAACACGCGCCUUCUCAGAAGAUGGGGGAAGUGCUUAGCUAAGCUUCAUGAUGCAUCUAGAAUUACCUUGUCUAAAGCCUGGGUUCAAAUACGAGAGCAGCCUGAUUCAUUGGCGAAGCGUCAACUGAUUUUGCAGCGUCUUUGGAUGCUGCACACAAUGAGGAGAUUCUCCCAGAGACGUGCUUCCCAAGUCACUAAAUCAGUCACCAAGCGUCUAUAUAGACUUUACGAGUCCUCAAGAAGAGUUCCGAGAAGAAAUGGCCAAAUCAAAAUCGACCUCUGGACCAGCCUAGUCCAGCACAUAUCUCGUUUGAAGAUACCUUUCAACCUGGAAGCAAUGGCCGACGACCUGCGAACUGGAAAGCCCAUGACCAACACUAUGAGGAAACGCCUCCGACAGUUCCAAAAUGAACCACUAUCUUUCUCCGACUUAUUCGCAAAUACACAAACUUACAACGCCUCCCGCCACCUCUUCUUCAACAAUUUCGACAACCAAAUCCGCCAAGUCGACGUCGCAAGCCCCGACUUCCGCCUCUGGGCCAUUCAAAUCGCCAGAACCGGCAACUCCCCAGCCAUCUGGUCUGUCCUCCGUCUUCUGCGCGCCCAUACCCCCCUCAAGAUUGCCUUAUCUAGAGCAUGGCCACUUCCCGGCCCCGCAGAUGGAGUUAUUGUCCGCUACAACCCACGUCCCAGGUCAGCAGGAACGCCGGACCCCCACGAUGCGUUGGACAUGGUCCAUUCUCUAGCUGCUUCCUUUGCGUGUGCAAAACAACUUUCGCCCCAGCGGGCGUAUCGGCUUGUCCGUUGGCUUUACCUCUUUCUUCUCAGACACGGUGCGCCUAUUCAGACGCCUAUUGCGCGCGCUUUGUAUCACGCGGGUGUUGUGAGAUUUCGCCAGGAGAAGGGGUAUAUCUCUCCAAUUCAGUAUGACUAUAUUUGGGGUAUUGUGGAGCAGACGGAGGGGCGGGAAUAUGUGCGGGCUUUGAGAUCUCGAACACUGUACGAAUGA